AUGAAGAAGUUAUUAGCUGAAGAAUUGUCCCGAGAAAUUGAACCCAAAAGAAGAGCUCCCGGUGUCAUAGGCAGAUUAAUGGGUCUUGAUGGAAUUCCGUUGCAAUUGCCUGCUAAUAAGCAUCAUAAGCAUGUGUCAGAACAUAACAUAGAAGGAACAACCCCGGCGGUGAAAACUCGAACCAGUGGUAAAUUAUAUGGUAGUCGAACAUCUAGGAGAAGUUCAAAGUAUAAACAAGAUUUUAAGGAUGUGUUUGAGGUCUCAGAGAUCUCAAACAUAAAGAGCUGUAGGUAUGCAUCGCAGGGGUCUGUAAAGUUGAAGAUCACUGAUGAUGAAACGUCAUUUGUUGAACAGAAAUUCAUGGAUUCCAAACUCCGUGCAACGUAUCAAGAUUUACAGUCUUCCCAGGAUUCCCAUGAUACACUGGAGAUUCUAGACUAUAACAAUGAUCUUUUGCAAAAAUACUUUAAGCGGCCAGAUUCUCUGUUUAAAAGGCAUCUAGUUGAUCAGCAAGGUUCCCCUUCCCAAUCACAUUUUGGUCACAUUGAAGGUACCAAAUCAUCAGAUAUAGAGAACUAUCAACAUGGUGAUGUAAGCCAGAAGCCGGAUAACGAGAUCAAGGGGUUAAAUUACAGUAGAUCUCAUCAGAAGCAUCAUGAUGGUCAUUUAGUCAGAAGACAGGCCAUUCAUAGUUCACCAAAAUCAUCAAAGCCUCAUUUUAAGGGAAGAAAUGAGCCUGAUGCAGUCCCAACAAGGAUUGUUAUCCUGAAACCUAAUCUUGGAAAAAUGCAGAAAGCUAGCAAAAUUGGUUCUUCACAUACUUGUAUGUUUGAGUAUGGAAAGUGUGCUGAAUUUUCAGAUAGCAGAUUUAGGGACAAUGAUAAUGCCUGGCAUUCAAGGAAGAAUUCCUUGGAAUCUAGAGAAAUUGCAAAGGACAUCACAAGCCAAAUGAAAAGUAGUUUGAGUAAUGGCUCUAUGUUAUUUUCAUCUUCUAGAUUUAGAGGAAAUACUUGGGACGAUAGCUCGUGUAGUUUUUCUGGGAAUGAAUCUCUUGAGGAAUCAGAAGUGACACCUGCAACUUUGGGAAAGUCAGUUGAAAUAAGUAAUACUAUCAGCCCAUCAUCCUGUUUUAGUGAAUCAUUUGUGAGUAAAGAGGCAAAGAAGAGAUUAUCAGAGAGGUGGAAAAUGUCACUCAAGUCUCAGCAGGGCCGUUCUGUCUCCAGGAGUGGCACUCUGGCUGAAAUGCUCGCUUUCCCUGACAAGGAAAGGAAAACAACUAAUUUUGACAGCAUCCCUAGGGGGGAAGGUUUACGUGAUAAACUUUCUAGCAAUGGUAAACCUGCUGGGUGGGUUGAACCAUUGGGUAUUAGCAGUAGGGAUGGAUGGAAGGAUGGAUGUAUUGGAAGUUUACCAAGGUCUAAGUCUCUUCCUGCUUCGUAUACUACUGCCUUUGGUAGUCCUAGAACAGUUCUGCGCCAUGAAGCUCUUCAUGAUGAUCGAUUUAUGAUGCCAAAUGUAGCCUGUACACCAGGAAGGAAGAAUGUAGUGAAAUGUCUUGAUCAGAGACAGUGUAUGAAUACUAGGAACUCAAAAUCUGAUCAUAAUAAGUCUUGGUGUUCUCAUCCAUCAAACAUAGAAGGCAAUGAGUCUUCCCCAGACUUAAAUACAAUUCAAAAUAAACUGAAGAUUAAUCUUGCUGAGGAUUUGCCGAAGCAAGAAGUGUUGGCCUCUGAAUCAUUAUCUGAUAUCCUCAGAGAAACUAUUGCAGUUACUGAAGCUGUGGACGUGGAAGAUGAAAAUGCAAUUGGUUCAUCUGAAUCUUAUAUUAAGGAGUCAUCAGUUGGGUCUUCAAGUAAAAAUUCUGUCCCCUUGCAACCACCUGUAUCUGGACUCGAAUCUUCAUGCUGUAAAGACGCGGAUCAACCCAGUCCAGUCUCAGUGCUAGAACCUUCGUUUACUGAUGAUCUGCCAUCUUGUUGUGAGUGUUUUGAAAGUCUCAGUGUUGACAUACAAGGGCUUCGAAUGCAACUUCAGUUGCUGAAGCUAGAAUCUGAAGAAUUUGUGGAAGGACCCGUGCUAAUUCAAAGUGAUGAAGAUGGUGGCGAAACAUAUUCAGGAAUUUCUGAAGACAAUGGAUUACGUAAGACAGGAGAAAGCUGGGAGUCUUCCUACAUGAUUGAUGUCUUGUCCGAAUCUCGUAUUAAUAGAGCUCAGCCUGAUGCAUUUUUGGAAGCUUGGCAUUCUCCUGAAUGCCCUGUUAGUCUUUCAGUGUUUGAUGAACUUGAAAAGAGGUACUCUGAUUGGAGUACUUGUCCAAGGUCCGAAAGGAGAUUGCUUUUUGACCGUAUAAAUUGUGGAAUUAUCAAUAUAUACGAGCAAUUCAUCAGUGCACAGUCAUGGGUAAUCCCUUCGAGAGUCACAAAUCCUUGUUCUAAUUCUAAAUUGAUUAAAAAUGGACUCCAAAAUUGUCUAUACAGGAUGCUGUGGAGCCAGGGAAAAGUAAAGGAUACGGCACUGGGGAAGCUGUUGGUUAGCGAAUUGCAGUGGUUGAACUUAAGAGAUGACAUUGAUGAAAUAGGUAGGGAAGUUGAGAGCUUGUUACUAGAUGAUCUAGUGGCAGAGAUAGCAGUUGCAGAGGCAUUCUGCACCUGA